AUGGAACAAAUUGUGGAUGCCGUCCGUACGAACGCCGAUCGCCUGACUGGUAUGUUCAAACCUAAGGAGCAGGCAUUAUUCGCGCAACAUGCAGAGAUAUUCGCAAAGAUGGACUUGGAUGAAAAUGGUAUGCCUAAGUCCGAUGAGACCGAGCCUGCUGUUGCUAGGUUUGCUGUUAUUGAUAAGCCGGCUGUGACCAGCAGUUAUGUGGCUGCUCCUGUUGUUGCCUCUGCUGUACCAACUUAUUUUGUAGUCACUACACCUCCUGUGGCUUUCCCUACCGUGGAUUUCGCUUUCGUGGAUUUCCCUACGGUAACAGAACCCACUGCGGCAGCCUCUACUAUGACUGUCCCUGCUGUAACCACCGGAAAUAUCACGGAUACGAACUAUUCUCAAAUGGCAAAAUGGCGGGAUGACAAGGAGAUUGUCGUCUUGGAGAAGGAAAGCAAGCUCAAGACAGCAAAGCGUCGAGAUUUACAACAGCAACAACGACAAAUGUUAGUCACCAAGAAUCGUAUAGAAAAUCAUAGAGCGCAGAGGGCUCAGGGCUUUCGCGUUCGUGGACCAGAAGAUGAGACUGAAGCUUCGCAUCCCCAACCCGUGGAUUCGCCGGCUCCCGAUCUGAGACCUAGCCAAGACAUGUCCUUUUAUGAAAAUCAAACAUAUAAAGAGAGCCAUGAUUAUGUUCAGGAACAGUUGACACAUGUUCUUGGUGCAGAGCGAAUGAAUUUUCAGAUACUCCCCUCAGGCCACAAUCCCAUUGAUCCUGUCAUCGCCGAAUACAACCAGCAAAAAAUCACAAAUAGUAUACUCGACCAGUGGGAAGCCCACAAGGUUGAGAUGCGUCGGCGGGAAGAAGAGCGGAAGCGCCAAGCUCAUGAAGAAGAGGUUAGGAGGUUCAAGAUACAGACUCUCCUCGAUCACUACCGCCAACUUUACAUUAACCGUUUGGAGCAGCUAGCUCUCUAUGGUCGUGAUCUCGUAAAGGGUAUCGGAUACAUUGAAGCUGCUUUGAUGGCUGGUGGCCUUUAUGAGGCGGCCAACAUCAUGCAGGACAUGACCCAUCAGGUCCUUCUUCCUAUCCAUACCCUGCUCCAGAAAUGCGACAAAGAGAUACCACUGGAAGAGGUGGGCGCUGAAAAGUUGAAAAGUGCAUGGCCAAUGGAGGGUCUUGUGGCAGUAUUCGAGUAUCUGCGGGGCGAGCCUCAUCUUCCGCCUGAGGCUAUUGACAUGAUGCAGGGGAUUCAGGUCAUUUGCAAAGCGCUCGACAAUCCGACACCUUUCCAGGACCCACUUGCUCCCAAGCCGGUUUUUAACGAUGCUUGCAAACCGACUUUCAACAACAACUCGAAUUGGCAGUACACUCCACAUCCAAUUGUCCCUGCAGUGAAGCCCUCUGCCUCUGAAGGCAUUUCAGUACUUGGCGCUGCAUCAGCACCUGCUGGCAGCGGCUUCUCCAAGCUUCUUGCAGCGACUGCUCAUAGUAUCAAGCAAGAACAAAAUAGAGAGCCCUGCUCUACAGGUAGCGGCUUCGCAAAGCUCCUUGCUACUACCACUGAGAAGGCGAAUAGCGCCCAAGAAGCGAGUUCUGAUAGUGCUCCGAACGUCUCUCCGAAUAUCAUCCCCAAGACUAGCCCAUCACCAGCUCACGCAGCCCGAACAGCAGUACUACAAUACAUCGCCACCGAAAACCUCUAUUUCGAAAGCGAAGUCCAAGACCUGAUUAGAAACAACACUGUCAUGGGCACCCACCGCCGCCAGGCCUCCGAAUGCCUCAAGGAGCUGAUUGGGCUAGCCAACGGCGAAGAAGGUUUUCUCGGAGACAUGGAUGCCGGCAAUUAUAGGAUGCAAAUCGAGAAGUGUGUUACCAAGAUUAAUACUCUGCCGACCAACCCGCGAAUGAACAGGGAUACACAGGCGCUCAAAAAGUUGUGCGGAAUCGCUUUGAAGCUUUGGAGUGUGCAUGCGAAGUAA